AGCUGAACAGGUGCUUUAUUUCGCUUGGUAACAAAAAUGGCGGUUUUGUACAACCACAGAAGUUGAACCUAAAAGUGCAAAAUGGACACAGUACGUCUUGCUUUUGAGCAAGACAUUGCAAGAUUUGUGAAGUUUAUCAAGUCUAAAAGUAAAGACCAGAUUUCUGCAGAUAGACUUGAUAAAGCUGCAAGCACAGAAGCCAAAAGCUAUGCAACAUUAUACAAUCUUUGGAACACAUAUGAACCAAAAUUGGACAAGGAAUAUUUGGAGGAGAAAUUCUUGAUCAUAGGAGAAUUUCUUUUUUCAGUUGGUGAAUAUGGCCUUGCAGCAAGUCAUUGCUUCAUGAGAUAUUUGUUAAAAUUCGGUCACAAUGAAGCACCAUACUCUUUAGCUGCAGAUGGAAUAAAUAUUGAGAAGUUCAAAAGCAUAUACUUUGCCCAAGGUGUAGGAAAUAAAGAUGCAGUUAAAGUGAUAAGGACUCUUCUUGGCAUCUCCAGUGCACAAAGUUGUAAAGCAAUUUCCGAAGAUCCAAAUCUAAAGAACAGUGGUUCAGUUUCUUUGCUUUUGAAUUGUUUAAAAGUCAUUCAGCUGACAAUGCAGGUUGCCCUUGAGAAAGAGGUCUUUUGCUGGCUUGUAUAUAAUGGCACCAUUCAUAUUUACACUCUCACAAGGCAUUUAAUGUCCAAUGGUCACAGCCAAGUAGCCUUAGAAUACAUACUUUGGGCUUGUGUAUGUAUGGAAUCCUCUGUUCCUUUGAUGACAACCAAAUACUUAACAUGGAGGUGCCAACUGUAUACUGCAGUAUGCCAAUGCUACUAUGAUCUAAAUGCUGCAGCUGAAGCAGAAGCAUUUGCUAGAAGGGGUCUCAAUUUGGUGGAGGAACUGCAAGAAAUAAGUCAGAAGAGCUCCUAUGAUGUGAAGGAAGAUGCAGAAGCCAUUUUUAAAGGCGGGAAGAUGAGAAUGAAGAUCAUGAUAUUCAAAAGAAAUGUUUUUGAAAGCAGAAGACGGCCUAAAGGUAUCUUGCGGCCUAAAAACAAACCACCGUUGAAAGAUCUAACUUAUAAUCCUUGGCCUAGAACUACUACGGAACGAAUGCUUAGCGAAACCUUCACUGGCAGAGCUGCCCAACUUCUGGCUGUUAUUGAAGCACUGACAGACUCAAAGAGAAGGAUUUUUCAAAGUUCUCUAGGGGCACCUGAAUCCGACGACAGUAUUUUAGACGUAUUUGCUGAGCUCUUCUUUGCUGGCUGCGAAUUGAUCGCUGGUGGAGGAGGAACGAGGCCACCGUCACCAGGGAGACAUGAGUCUGUUAUUUCUGAUUCCAUUUUCGAUGAGCAGCUCAUACAAAUGGCGACUAAAGGGGAAGACAAAAUUUCCUAUUCAAGUGUAGCGCAGUUUGUACAGCUGGCUUAUAACUAUGAGUGCUGGGAAGCAUUUGACAGUCUGGCACAAUCGACAUUGAAUUUCUUGAAACCUUUCUCAUCCUCUGAGAAACAUCUAGUUGAACUCAAAUCCCUUCAAAUACUCCAAGCUAUGCUGCCUCUGAACAUAAACAAAGUGAAGAAGAAGGUUCUUUUGGGAAUGGAGGAAAAAGAGGCCUCCGAGGUGUACAGUGUCAAGCAAUCUUCAACAAGAGUUUCGUCAUUCGUCGAUGAUAUUUUAAAGUUGGUUGAUGUAUUAGAAUCUUGCGUAAACGGAGAAAUGUCGAAAAUCAUUAUUUCUGGAAUGCGUGAUAUUUUAGUGGAUACCUGCCUAUUCAUUUGGUCAAGGUGCAAAAGCCAUUACAGCAGAGUGACGUCAUCAUCUGCUGAAUCUUUCAAGAAUGUUCUCCAAGAUCCUAACAUGGAAAAGUGGUUCAGAGUUCUGGCAGUAGCACAGAGGGCGACAAUUGAAGUUGGUUUGGCAGAAAUUGAUGUCAACACGUGUGCAGAGAUUUCAAUCAAGUUCGCGUUGUUCGUUGAAUUCUUCUGUUCUGAAACUGAAGUGACUGUGGGUAUUAAAGGAAAAAAGUCGACAUACCAACAGCAGAAAGAGGACACAAGUCGCAUAAACACUAAGAAGAGUUCCAGUAUUGAGCCAAUUGCCAGUGCCGUUGGUUGUUCUCCAAAUUCACGAAGUAUGUUGUUAGUGGCUAAACAGCGUCUUCAGAAUGCUCUAGUGGCAAUUGAUCGAGCUCGCUCCUCAAACCACGAUGAUAAUAUCAAGAUUGCUGAUGAUAGCCUGUUUAAGGAAUCUCAUAAUGGCUCAGGCCAAUCAAAAACAAGCCCUAUACUCCUGGAUGCAGAAGCAAUGCACCUCGAGCUAAUCUACAUGCACCAUCGCAUAGACUGCCGUCUUUCCAAGCUGUCAGUGGAUUCUAAAAAUGACAAGCAAGACUUAAAGAAAAACGCGAUUCCCGCUAUUGUUGGCAAAGGAAGCUUGUCAAAGGCAGUGUAUUUAAUUUGCAAAGCAGAAAUAAAUGGAGAAGCGAAACGAGAAGAAAAUGCUGAAAUUCUUAAGGAGUCGUUAGGAUUACUUCAAAAAGCCUGGAAGAUGGAAGAGAAAUUGCUGACCGCCAAGAAUCGAGCGCCCAGAGGUGCAGAUCAAGCCUUCCCUUUUGCUCCAGAAAUCAUUUACAGAAGUGCGACAACGAUGAUUUUCAAGCCAGCUUUGUUCAAUGCGGAGGUGGAUUGCUACAAGCUUUUUGUUAGAUCGUACAGUGGCAAUAAUGUGAAAGUGAGGCUCAGUGAUACGCAGUUCCCAGGAACUGGAAUCGAGGUUAUGAACUGUGAUGGAAUUGAACUGAAAGUAACCAGCCUAACUCCAAAUGAAAAAUACGUUGCUGCUGUUGCUGCAUAUGACAAAAAAGGCCAAUUGAUUGGGGAUAGUAUUGGUCAGACAAGUAAACCUUUUCUUGCAAGUUCGCCACUGCCUGUUGCAAUGGCCUAUGGAUAUCUUGCAAAGGUGGCCUACAAUGCUGGGUGCUGGGAUCUUGCGAAGAUUUCAUUCAAUACGCUAUGGGACCAUUUUGUUCUUGAUGCAAAAACAUUUCAACAAGUUUCAUCUGUUUGGUCGAUCAAAGAAGAUACAGAGUUGAAGAUGCACCAGCUCAAUGUGGAGAAAGUUGAAAAAGCUUCGUCAAUUCUUUUGCGGUACUUUCUUCAGACAAUAUUCAUAUCAGUUGAUAUAGCCAUUCGCGAAGGAACUUUGUUCUGCGAUGCGUUCUGUGAUUUCAAGCCUCCUUACUCAGGCCAGAUAUCUAGGCUUGAAGAGUGCAAGAAAUUGCUAAUAGCUGUAACAAUUGCUGGCUUGCUAAACGACAAUACUGUUUGCUUGCAAACUAUUAUCCAGUGCUACGGGCUUCUCGUUCCGUUCCUACAAAUGGAUGUAUUUGGAGAACCAGUGUUACAGGUGAUGAUGCACUGUUUUGCUGCACUGCAAGAACUGCAGCCUAUAAUCAAGCUAAGAAAGGCUUCUGCUAUCGCUGAAAAUCUUCAUCACAUGGUCUCUGCCAUCACAUUCUACAUUGCCAAGAUACUUCAGAAACGACGAGAGCGUUUUGGGACCUUGCGUAUCCUCGAGAUUGGAAGCAAGAUGUUAUCCGGGGAUUUAUCAUCUCCUGGUGUCCCUGACAGUGCAGCCACGUCAAAUACAGCUUUUGGCUCUGGACCAGGAAUGCACAGAAAACUGACGAAAAAAGGUACCUUGAAGAAGCUGAAGUUGACAGGAGGAAAAGCUGGGCUGAAAGGUGGCAGCGACAAUAUGGUCUCUGAAGCUAUUGCUAGUGAACUGAAAGUAAUCGACUCUUUUUUGCAAAAAAUAAAAAAAGAAGUUGACCAUGCCACCGAAGACGAGGGUUUGGAACUAACAGGCAUAGAAGACGCAUCUUAUGUUCAUGGAGUGCUGUCCUGCCUGCCACCUCAAGUUGCUUUCAAGGAAGUCUCAAAAUUCAAAAGAAGGACGCAAUACUUGGAGCAUUUUGUAAACGUGCUGGAGCGUGCUCUGACUGAAGGAUACCAAUCAAUGAUGAUCGACUGGACAAAGGAUGCAGUAACCUGGCUGUCUAGGCGCAACGAUGUUCUUCUUAAUAAGCAAACUGCAGACCAAAAAGGAGGCACUGUGAUCGUAGCCAUGGAAGAUGAGAAGAAUCGAAAAUUUUCAGCUGCUGUCGUAGAAUAUGGAAAGGUACCAAAGACUGUUCCCAAUCGAGAUCUAUUGCCCAUAGCAGAGACCACUCCUAACAAAUCAGGCCAAAAGCAGCCCGAGAAGAAAAACCGAGCAAAGGGCCCGGUCCUGUUAACAGACGAGGAAAAGAGAGUCAAGGAUGCAACACAAAAACUGCAAGAUCUGCUACCUGAAUAUUUUAAAAUGGCGCAGAGGCGAAGACGGUUGAGAGUUGUCACUUACGAAGAACUUCCAUGGAGGGCUCAGCUGAAUCUCUUGAUGGCACGAUGCUUCUUUGAUCUGAGUGGUGAAAAAUUCAAGUCAAUGGUCAAAUUUCAUAAUCUGAUCGAAAACUCACAAAGUUCCGAUUUGAUGGAUCCAAACUGGUUCAGCUUAGCAACAGCAGAUUCAUUGAUCGUAUCCUGGGCAGGGAAUCCCCAGCUGAAUGAAACCGAGAUUGAGCCUACAAUUGACAUUGGAGGUCGAAGCAUUGACCACACUGAUGCAGCGUCAACAACACUUCGGAUAGAGCACAUAUCAGGAAAGGGGAAGAUUGUCAUGAAAAGCAGAGCGAGUCAUGGCGGUAAAACAUCAAGAAGAGACCAAGAUGAAGCUGCCUCUUCUACAGAGGAUCCAGUAAAGGCUUUCAUUAGCCAUAUGAGAGUAGCCUUAAUGUACUGCAAGCGAAGUAUGGUUCUGGCUCGUAGAGGAAAGAACUGGGUUCUUCUACAGAAUGCUACACGUGAACUGUACAACAUGGCGCAUGUUAUUCAUAAGAACAUAAUGAGCUUAAGCUCAAGUGAUCCUCUUAAAGGUAGUCAAGGUGUCCCGAUAAGCAUUGCGAGCAUCAGGGAGUUGUUUGGUUAUGCGUUUUACUUGGCAGCUGAUUUCCUAUUGGAUAUGCUGAAUUACAGUUACUGGAAUAUGAAGGAGAAGAUCGACAAUUCAUCGAGCACGACGUCUUCAGAGAGGUUGUUCGAAAGUGACAUCAAAGAACAUGCUGGUGGCUUUAGCCUCGAAUUCGAUCAAGUUAUGGAUGACGCAAGCACAGUCAAUUUGAUGUGGCUGAAAAAGAUUAUCUGGUAUGCCAUUGAAAUGCUUUAUUAUGAAGAAAAAUGGGAGAAAGUCGUCGGGCUCAUUUACAGAUUUACGGCCUUAACAAGGGACAAGUUCGCCGAGUCGCUUAUUCCUAUCACCAUAUUUGCUCAGCGACGAAUCCAAUAUCGUCUUAACUCCUACCCAGGCCCUCCGAAGGAGCAACCACGUGUUAUUUUUGACAAAGAGACAGGUAUCCCAAUGGCAGCUUACCUUGACCCUCCGGAUACAAUAUCGAUCGAGGCGGGGGCGCAUAUUGACCCCGAGGGGCAUAAUCUCUAUAACCCACAGAAAGAUGGACAGGCUGUUGCUUGCGUCCCUUUGAAUGUCAGUGAAACUAUGCAGCGGCUUCACGAGGCUUUGAACUCAAAGCAAUACACUGCCAGGGCGCUGGAACACUGCCGUAAAUUGCUGCUUCUCUUUCUUGCUGGAAAACAAAAUGGUAUGAACUCCAAAGCAAAGCUUCGACUUGGUUCUCGUGUCAGCUUCGUUGCAAGUCAGGUGCAGCCCCAGGACGUAGUCCCUCCUGAUUUGAGUCAAACGUUAUUCGAGGAUCGCGAAGACGUAGAAAAAUACCCACUCGGAGAGAAUCAAAUUGCAAUAGUCAUUUCGGCAUAUGACAAAACAAUUGAAAUCUUGAAGUAUCGAAAGCAGACAUCACUAGCAGCCCAGGCAAUGCAUGAAUUGGGGAAUAUCAUGAUGCAUACUGAUAACAAAAGACUCGCCUACAAGUGGUGGGCAGAGGCGCUUGACGUCAUCCUUCAAAAGAAAAAUGCUCAGAAAUCAUGGAGGGAGCUAGUCAACCAGAAUUGGUCUGUUCGUGACUCACAAGUGUUACUCGAUCGUUGCGGAACUUGGGGAUGCUUGCUUGCCGGUGUUUUGGCCACAAAAAUUGCAAGAUACAUUCAUACCUUCGACCUUGGUGUGCGUUUCGAAUUUUGUCAUUUGGCGGCUGCAAUGUUUCAGGCUCUACUCUGUGCCUCGUUAUCACACCCUUCGCCUCUUGUGGAUUACGCUAGCUACGACAUUGGCUCGGUUCAUGGAAUCAAUGACCUCAUACCUGGAGUGGAGUUGUUUUCAGACCCAUAUAGAGCUGAUUGUAGUACUGUAUUUGGAUCUUUGUUCUGGACCACAAAUGAGCUUGUUAGAGCAGGCUUCUCCUUAGAGUCUCUUCCACUGCUGUCCCUCUGCCAAUACAUCUCUGGUGGCAUUUGUAAAGAUGUCAAGAAAACAGUUCAAGUGAAACUUCUACGGGUCAGGGCACUUACUGAGCUUAACCUGUUUUCUGAAGCAGUGAAGCACCUUGAAGACAUCUUUAACAGCAAUGGUAUUCCUGAAGUUUCCAUAAACAGGCACCCAAAAGGAAUCAUAAUUGUUCAAAAAUUUGGCACAUUUGAUAAUUCAAAGAAAGUCGUGGCUGGAAGCAACAUCAAGGUCAUAAAAGAGCUUUGCUACGCUACUCUACAUAGCUCGAAAGUUGAAGCCUACGGAGACAAACUGGCGAUGCAGAUUGAAUUAGAACUUGCCCAUUUACUUAAUCAAGUGGCUAGUACAAUCAACGAUGCACCUGAAAAUGAAGUCGCUCCCAGGAGCCCUUCUGUUUCAAAAGACGACUCUGUGGAUGUUAAGAGAUCAAACAGUAAAUCAAAGAAGCCUUCCAAUAAAAAGAGAACUGUUCGGUCAAAAGCAGGAAGUCCGUCAAUGCAACCAAGGAUAGAAUCCUCUCUGGAGGAGCUCGUUUCUGAAACAUCAGCCCGGAUAAAGGGAUUGCUAUUAAACAGCGUUGAACGGAUCAUCAAGAAGCUUGUUUCACAAAUAAAUGACACCCAAAAUGAUGGAUCAAGAAUCUCUGCUGAGCACUUACAGCUUUACUGUGAAUGUGAACUCGAGCUAGCUAAGGCAGCUGAUGCGCGACUUUUGUCAAUAACAGCAGCUCGACAUGUCUUCAAUGCCAUGAAACAAAUUCAAACUGCAUCAUCACUGGAAGAGGAAGAAGACACUGCAGAGUAUCAGAAAUUGCCAUGGCUCUCUGGGAGGAUCAAUGCUGACGAGAGCAUCCUGACAGCCAAUCCAGGCAUCAAUGUAGAUGCAUUGCUUUGGGUUCAGUUGCGUCUUCAAAUUAUUGCCUACUUAACAAGCUACGUGAAAAUGAAGCUUGAUGAUGAGCCAUUUUCAAUUGAAUCUCUUAUCGGUUCAAGUGAAUAUCACAUCAAUCAAGGCCUUGAAGAGUCAGAUGCGUUUAACUUGAAGGAGUAUGCUGCUAGGUUUACAAUGUUGAAAAUAACCAAGGCAAUACGACUGGGAGACGAUCUGGAGAAGAUUAUUGUCGAUUUAAAGAAGCUGAUCGAAGAACUAGAUGAUUUGCCAGCAAAGUCUUUUCCAGCAAACCUCGCGUUUUGUGAAGCGAAAAUCCUGCUUGCUGAUCUUCAGCCUGUUCAUGGAAUGGUGUCUGCGUCAGAUGCUUUUGAAAUGUAUAGAGACGCUCUUGACAUAGUGCUGAAGGAGGUCGUUGUUCUUGGAAAUGACGUCACAAUAUCACAAAAGACUCUGGCAAAGCCACUUAGGAAUAUCUACCAUCCUCUACUUUCCGAGGUAGUGUCGUUGAAACUCCGCUGCUGCAAAUGUCUGUGUAUUAUCGAAAACGACAAACAUGAAGGUGAACAAAAAGCACAAGGCCUGCUGGCUCUUGAUAAAGUUCUGAAAGAUACAUUGAAUCUUUUGAUGGAAAUUGCCACGGAAAAGCCAGCUUUUGAGAAAGAGAUUGCAUUUCUCAGAGGUCUUCUCAUGCGCCAGUUGUAUGAAAUGGAUAAAGUCGAUUUGAAGGAUGCUAUUGACUCACUGGUUGGAGCUCUUAAAGUGCAGACAAAGCAUACACAGGAUCUCAGCAUGUUGCGACAAUUAUACCAGGAAAUAUCCUUGGCUUUUAUGACGUUUUACGAACGGACUGAGGCUGCAUAUUUCAAGGUAGAGAAACAGCACCAAUUAGAUGAAGCUGAUAAAGACAAGGAACGCACGCCAAGUUCUGGAAAAUCAAGCUCGCAUUCUGGACAAGGGUUGACCAAACAGGCUCUUCAACAACAGAAAGCACAGCAGGCUAAGCGUGAUAAAGAGGCUCGUGUGCGUGAGAGGCAGCGACAAGAAAUCCGCAAGGCUGCUUGGGUGGCAAUUAGAACGGCUGGUGCCAUUGCAAAGGCGCAGAAAAAGUUUGAGUUCUUAGCUACAGAUAAUUUAUCAGUAUCCGAGGAGACAAAGGAGCUGUCAACGCCCGACUUUGCACUUUUUGAUAUUCUAAAAACCGAUGCUGUCAUUCGGGACCAGGAAACCGGCCUAGCCAUCAAUAGUGGGAUUGUGCACACCGAAAAUCGGUUCGGCAAAAAGGAAUUUUUCAGGUUUUCUUGGCUGCAUCUCAUCAACUACACAAGGGCACUGAAGAGGCAAACAAGCUAUGUUGGCAUGGGCCAUGGCGCAUCUAAACUUUCCCUUCGUUCCACUUUCGGUUCUGAUAGAUGUGCAUUGAAAAUCAAAUUAAUGCACGGUUUCCUUAAAGAUAGCUUGACCAUAUACGACAAAGAAUGUUGCCCGAUUCUUCCGAUUGACUUUUUCUUGAACCUCGACUUCAUGAGCUCCUCCUCACAACCCGUGCCGCUGAUCAGUGUUGUUGCGGACAAUGAGGACACGGAGAGUAAACGAAUUGAAGCGAACGCAGAUGGCGCUUUGGAGGCAGGAACACCGAUAAUUGUUCAAAAGGAUGUCGAGGGAGUGUCUGCCAAAGAGCCUAUAGUAGAAGUCACAAGCAAUCCAAGCGCUGUUCGACAGGCCGACAAGUCUGAUCGAAUCCAUACCCGAGAUGCUUUGCAAGCUAAUGAUUAUGAAGUCUCAAUUCAAUGGUAUCGUUCCGAGUUUUCCACUGAAAAUAAUGCAGUGUUCUUAUUCGGAAUGAAUAACAAAGCGAUCUCAGUUACCGACAAACCAGCCUCGUUUGCGGCCUUCGUCACUAUUGGUCAUGUACCAGUCACGUGGCCAGCUGAUCUGCAUCAUACUUUGACGGAACUAUUCCACACAGCUGAAAGCGAGAUUAGCCAACAACCGGGCACGUUAUCAAAAACUGCAGUCGCUGUCCAGGCAGCUUCUGCUUUGGCGUCUGUCUCUCCUACCCGGAAGAGAAAACCUCAAGGAAUAAAGCCGAUUUCAGUUGAACAGGACAAAGAAGACCAAAUACGGAUGCAGCUCAAGACGAUUUUGGACAAGAUACAUGUUGUCUUCGAAAAAGAAGUCACGCAGGACGUACCAUUUGAUGUUUCAUUUCAAAACAUAUCUUACUUGGAGAAAUUAUUCAACCCAAAUUUUGGACAUAUCUCAAAAACCAAUGAAGCCUUCUUUGUGUGGCUCCAGUUUCUUCUCAACGGCAACACAUGAUGUCAGAGAUUGUUGUACAAUGUAUCUAAAGGCACUUUCUAACCUUUGCACUUUUUACUAGCACGUUUGCGUGGUGUUUGAAUAAACAAGAUUAGCAUAUUUGGGUAAGUAAUAGAUUUGGUUUAAUAAAUAGAAAAAUUCAACGCUUACAGUAUGA